GAGGGGGCCCCGCUGAUCCAGCUGGAGGUCCAACCUACAGAGAGAUGGAGUGCCCUCAGACACACCCAGGCCUCCCCCACUGAUGCCUACGGAGUCCUGGAGUUUCAGGGAGGAGGACAUGUCAACAAGGCCAUGUACAUCCGGGUCUCAUUUGACUCCAAACCAGAUUCCCUGCUCCACUUGAUGGUGAAAGACUGGCAGUUAGAGCUCCCCACGCUACUAAGCUCUGUUCACGGAGGCCUCCAGAACUUUGACUUGCCUCCCAAGCUGAAGCAGGUCUUUGGUAAAGGCCUGAUCAAAGCUGCUGUCACCACUGGAGCCUGGAUCUUCACUGGAGGAGUCAGUACAGGAGUGAUCCGCCAUGUUGGAGAUGCUCUAAAAGACCAUUCUUCCAAGUCCAGAGGGAAAGUUUGUGCUAUUGGGAUUGCACCAUGGGGGAUUGUGGAGAACAAAGAAGACCUGAUUGGGAGAGACGUGACCCGGCCGUAUCAGACGAUGUCCAACCCCCUCAGCAAGCUGUCAGUCCUGAACAGUAGCCACUCCCACUUUAUCCUGGCCGAUAACGGGACCUGUGGAAAGUACGGCGCUGAGGUCCGCCUCCGCCGGCAGCUGGAGAAGCACGUCUCUCUGCAGAAGAUCAACACACGUGAGUCAAGCUGCACCAACCUGCCCUGGUCAACUUUUUAUUUAUUUUUGUGUGUGGUUUCAGGUCUCGGUCAGGGGGUCCCAGUGGUGUGUUUAAUCCUAGAGGGGGGUCCAAAUGUCAUCUCCAUUGUACUGGAGAGUCUGAAGGAGGAGCCUCCUGUCCCGGUGGUGGUCUGUGACGGCAGCGGUCGCGCCUCAGACAUCCUUUCCUUUGCUCACAGAUACUGCGAGGAAGACGGGUGA